AUGAAAAUUUUUUAAAUUGUAAUUUGUAUUUUAUUAUUGCAUUAGUUUUAGUAAAGAAAGCUUUUGGCCAGCAUCUCUAUAGAUGGUUCAAUAAUGUCCAAAUUAAGAAAACAUUAUAUUAUGCCGUUUGGUUUAAAUCUGAAUAUCUAUAAUAAACAGUUAUAAAUAAAAAUAUAACUUACUCCAUGCAUUAUGGCAGGAUAAAUAUAGAAUACUUGAAUAGGAAGAGUUUUGUGAUACGUGAGGUACAGAUAUUUGAAUUCACAGGCCUUCAAUUUAUUUUUUAAUAACUCUUGCAGACAGAAUAUCAAUAAAUUUAACACAUGGCUCCUUCUAUCAAGCAGAUAAGAAUAAUUUUAGCUUUUUCAAACAUUUAGAAGGAGCCAAUAAUGAUAAGAUCUAAAUAGAGUCGUCUCCUCAAUUUCCAUAUAAUUAAUAAGGAUAAAAAAAUAAAAAAGUAAAAUACUACUCAAUCUGUGACUUUAUUCUGCUUAGUUUAGAUCGAGAAAGCUAGACCAUAGUUAACAGCACACAUGUAUUGUAAGAAAAUUUGUGAUCCGCUUUGUUAGAGAAUACAUAAAUGCUGA